AUUGUGCCAUAUAAAACAAUUAAUGUACUCAAGGUACAAAGAUGGCACUUUGACAGCAGAUCAUGUUAAUGAUUUCCUUGGCAUCAUCAAGGAGUUAGCUAAUCUCGGCAUAGAAUUUAAUGAUGAGGUGAAUGGUUUGAUUCUUCUCAACACCUUGCCGGAAUCAUGGGAGAGUUUUAGAUCAACAACAAUCAACUCAUCCCUUGGUGGUAUAGUCACAUUGGAAAUUGCCAAAAAUAGGAUCUUUGAAGAGGAAAAGAGGAUGCAGGCAUUGGGAAUCUUCUCGCAGCCAGAUACUCAAGCUGUUGUCAUGGAGAACAGGGGCAGGAGUAAAACCAAAGAACCUGGAGGACGAGGAGGCAGAUCCAGAUCAAAGUCCAAAAGUAGAGUGAAGUGCUAUCAUUGUGGCCAAUCAGGCCACAUGAAAAGGAACUGCAACUUGUUAAAAGGAAAAGCCAAGAAAAAGGUUGAAGAUAGCAAUACUAUUGCUGUAGCAUCUACUAGUGGCGGUGACGUGACUCUACUAUGUGAUCAUGAGGAAUGCUGCCAUGUAGAAAACUCGGAUGCUGAGUGGAUAAUUGAUUCUGGUGCCUCUUAUCACUACGUUCCCAAAAGGGAAUAUUUCUCAACAUACAAAGCAGGAGACUUUGGCACCAUAAAAAUGGGAAACAAGAGUGUUUCUCAUAUUAUGGGAGUUGCAUUGGAUGAAGAAGGAUAUGCACACUACUUCGGGAAUGGCAGUUGGAAACUCACCAAAGGAUCAAUGGUGGUGGCAAAAGGGAGUGCAUGUUGCUCAUUAUACAAGACACAUAUGAAAACGUGUGGAGGUCAAUUGAACAUAGUUGAAGAUGAGGCUUCUCCAAUUUUAUGGCAUAAAAGAUUAGCUCACAUGAGCGAGAAAGGAUUGCAACGUUUCGCUAAGGAGACAAGGUUGAAGCUGAAAUGUUUCCAUACGGAUAAUGGAAGGGAGUACGCCUCCAAAGAAUUCAGAGACUACUAUUUGAAACAUUGCAUAAGACAUGAGAAAACGGUUCCUAGCACUCCACAACACAACGAUGUUGCAGAACGAAUGAACCAUACCAUUGUGGAGAAAGUUCGAUGCAUGCUAAGAAUGGCAAUUCUACCUAAGCCAUUAUGGGGUGAAGCAGUCAACACAACAGUGUAUUUGAUCAAUCGGUCGCCUUCAGUUCCUUUGAACUUUGAAAUCUCGGAGAAAGAGCAAAGAACAAAGUUGGAUGAUAAAGCCAUUCCAUUCAUUUUUAUUGGAUAUGGUGAUGAAGAGUUUGACUAUAGACUAUGGGACCUAGAAAAGGAGAAAACUGUUAGAAGUAGAGAUGUCAUGUUUCAUGAACACGAGAAAAUUAAUGAUUUGAAGGAGGAAAAAGCUCCAAGAAGCUCUGGAGAGGGUGUAGAAGAUCUAACACUAGCAAAAACUCCUUCAAGAAGAAUUACAAAUAGAGAAGAGGGGGAGCCGGAGAACUUCAAGGAGAUACUGUCUCAUAAAGACAAAGAUUGCUGGAUGAAGGCCAUACAGGAAGAAAUGAACUCCCUACAUAAGAGCAAUACUUUUGAGCUUAUGGAACUUCCCAAAGGACGAAAAACCCUGAAAAACAAGUGGGUAUUUAAGCUCAAGAAAGACGGUGACAAGAUAGUCAGAUAUAAGGCUCAGCUGGUGGUAAAGGGCUUUAGUAAAAAAAAAAAAAAAGGGAUUGAUUUUGAUGAAAUAUUUUCCCCAGUGGUGAAGAUGAGCUCAAUUCGAGUAGUGCUCGAUCUAGUAGCAAGCAUGAAUCUUGAGCUUGAGCAGUUAGAUGUGAAAACUGCAUUUCUCCAUGGUUACUUGCAUGAGGAAAUUUAUAUGGAUCAACUAGAAGGUUUUAAAGAAGAAGAGAAGGAGCACAUGGUUUGCAAGUUAAGGAAGAGCUUGUAUGGACUGAAACAAGCUCCAAGACAGUGGUACAAGAAGUUUGACUCUUUUAUGAUGAGUCAUGGCUACAAAAGAAUAAAUGCAAAUCCAUGUGUUUACAUCAGAUCAUUCCGUGAUGGCAACUUCAUUAUCCUUUUGUUAUAUGUUGAUGACAUGUUGAUUUUGGGACAAGAUGUUGAGAAAUUUUGUAGGUUAAAAAAGAAGUUAUCAAAGUCCUUUGACAUGAAGGACUUAGGACCAACAAAGCAGAUUCUAGUUAGCACUCCUCUUGCAAAUCACUUUAAGUUGAGUAAACGAUCUUGGCUAAGUACCAAAGAAGAAAAGGAGAAAAUGUCAUCCAUUCCUUACUCUUCUGUGGUCGGUUCACUGAUGUAUGCGAUGGUAUGUACAUGGCUAGACAUUGCUCAUGCUGUUGGUGUUAGGAGUAGAUUCUUGUCUAAUCCAGGCAAGAUUCACUAGGAAGCUGUUAAGUGGAUCUUCAAAUAUCUGAGAGGAACCACCAAGUUGUGUUUGACUUUUGGGUAAACUAACCAAUUUUGAAGGUAUACACAAAUGCAGACAUGGCAGGUGACCUUGAUAAUAGAAAAUCUAUUUCAGGGUACUUAUUCACUUUUGUAGCGGGAGCUGUAUCAUGGCAAUCAAAAUUGCAAAAGUGU